AUGUCGGAGGAAAUUAAAACAUUAAAAUUAAAACGAGAAACUUUAAAAUCUCAAUUAGAUAGGUUUGAUAAAUAUUUUAACUCAAUACAAGAUGUCAAUGAACAAAGUGUAGCCCAAAUGCAGUUAAGAUUAGAAAAAUUAGAGCCUAGUUUUGAGGAAUUUAAUGUUAUUCAAACGCAGAUCGAAAUUUUGACUCAAGAUAAGUCAGACGAAGUGCCAUUGUCCGAGUAUGUAGAACGAAACAGUUUCGAAGAAAAUUUCUUUGAGGUAAUAACAAAUGCAAAAUUGGUGGUUUCUAACUUUCGGGAAAAAAAGCGAAUCAAAUCACGUGAAGGUAUUGAGAAGGAGAAUAAUGAACAGACGCAGGUAAAAUUACCGAUUAUAAAGCUACCAACAUUUGGAGGCGUUUGUAAUCAGUGGCUAGAAUUUAGGGACGCGUUUACGGCGCUAGUACAUGACAAUAAAACAAUCUCUGAUAUACAAAAAUAUUAUUAUAUGAAAUCUGCCUUGGAAGGAGAGGCUAGUCACUUAAUACAGUCGAUAGCGGUGUCGGUUGCGAAUUAUAAAAUAGCAUGGGACUUGCUGUGCGAACGGUACGAGAAUAAGACUGCUAGUUCACAACCACAUUAG